CGUUACUAUCAGCUGAUAAUCUAAGAUACCAAUGUAACUGUUUACGUGGCAUAAAUGCAUUUUCAAGUUAUGAGACAACUCCAAGACCCAAUAAAAAAUCCUUUGUUGAUCGGUCAGCAACAAAUUUAUCCCACAGGUUCAAAUAACCUAUUGAGGCUUGCACGCUGUUCAUGGAUCGAACCUGUGGAAAUGUGUAAUUUUGUCGGAGUAGAUACGAAUACAGAAACGAAUUCCAAGGCUAAACCUGAUUAUAUCACACUGGUUCCAGAAGAAAAUGCAAAUGUAUCAACGGAAUCUGUAAAAAAUGAGACUUCCACACCUGCACUAGAUAAUAGUUGGGAUAUAGUUGGUGAGAACUUGUUAUUAACCAUUACCGAAGAGGAUGUUUCCCGAUUGGUUGAUAUAUUCCCGGGAGCACGUAAAUUUGAUUAUCAAAAUGGAGAAAACUCUGUGUUCUUUGGACGUUGUAAACGUUGUUUCAAUCAUUUGAAACCGAGUCAUGCAUUCCUGGAUUAUUAUGAUGCUCGCUUUUAUUGUAUUGAUUGUCAUCAAUUACAACAGGCUAUGAUUCCUCGUCAUAUUAUAAUGAGUUGGGAUUUUUCACUGAAACCAGUUUCUCAAAUUACACAUCAAUUUCUUAGUGCAUUACAUAAUAGACCAGUGAUAAAUUUAGCUAAAUUAAAUCCUAUGCUUUAUGUGACUAUACCGAAUUUAUAUUUAAUUAGACAACUUCGACGUACUCUAGUAUUAUUAUGGCAUCAAAUAAUGAAUUGUGAUGGUAAGACAAUUGAAAAACUACAUGAACGUUUUCAUGGUCGAAUGUAUAUGCUACAAAAUAUUAAUGCUAUUGAUGUUUAUUCAAUUGAGGAUUUAAUACUUGUACAGUCUUCAAAAUUAGAAGAAUUACUUAAAAACACUAUUGAAAAUGUUGCUUUAGCACAUGUUCGUAAAUGUCGAGUAUGUAGACGAAGAGCAUUAAUCUGUGAUUUUUGUGGUGAACUCAAUAAACCAAUAUGGACAUAUGACUUCACUACUUAUAAACGAUGUAUCAAUCCAGGCUGUUCAAAAGUAAUGCACAUUGAAUGUUUAAUGAUGGCUGAUAAAAAAGAUUUAAUGUCUACCAUAGAUUGUUUUAUUCAAUAUCAAUCCACUACAACCUCAUUGAAUGAUUAUUCUCAAUUACGAUUUUCUAAUGUACAAUGUAGAAGUUGUAAAGAGUUAAGUAAAUUAUUUUCUAAAAAUAAUCAACCUAUUGGACAUUAUGCUGAUCCAUUUUACAUACCUGUAACGCAGUCAUAA